AACAAUUACAUCAACAGAAGGAAGACAUUUCUUUUCUAUUGGUGCAGAUAAAAUAGCAGAGUGAUGUUAAUUCUAAACAAGGUUCUUAAUUUUUAGUCCAGUAGCCAGCAGUCCACUGGUCAUCGGUCUAGUAGUCAUAAUAACUGCUUCCUCGUUAUCUUUGCAAACAGUCUUUGGGACACAGUAUUGCCCUAGGCCCAGUCCAAAGGUUAUUUUGCCCUGUUUCAACAUUCUAAACGUUUGAGGCAUAUGUGCAAGACAGUUUCUUUGUCCUGGCAGUUCCGGCUCCAUUUUAAAGUGGCUCCGUUUAUACUAUUGUGUUUAAAAACACGCACAGAGCCCAACAGAGUUAUUGAGGGAGCUGAGAGAUAGCAGGCAAGGAAAGAAUAUUUCGAGCAGGUUUGAGAACGUUUGCAAAGUUCGGGGCUGUGACAGGGCAUGGCCUGGGGCAACAAUGACCUUGGCAAGGCUGGAGGCCCAGAUGAGUUUGGGGAGUGACAGGAGUUUAGAUGGGAGAAGCCAGGGCUGAGGCAUUGUAGCCUACAGGGCCUCACUUGAAGGGCGCCCCCAGUACAUGACUGUGAAGGCAGUAGGGUUCAUCCAGGAUUUAUUGCACACUUUUUUUCUUUUAGUUUUUUAAAAAAACAUUUCCUAUGGAAAUGUUAAAACAUAUGCAAAAAUAAAAUAGUAUAACAAAUCUCCUCAUACUCAUUAUCCAGGUUUGAGAGUCAACAUAGAGCUAGUCUUGUCUCAUUUAUAUUUUGCCACUGCUCCCUGCUUCACCCUUUGGGUUAUUGUAAACAAAACCCCAGACAUCCUGUCAUUUUAGUUGAUACUUAAGCAUAUAUCUCUAAGAGAAAAAGAAUCUUCUUAAACACACUUCAAUAGUAUUAUAACCAUUUAAAAGUUAACAAUAACUCCAAACAUCAUCUAACAUUCAGCUAGUUUUCAAUUUUCCCCAGUUGGCUCCGAGAUGUUUUUUAACAGUGGUGUGUUAGAUACAAACCAGAUCAACAGUUGCAUUUUGUCGAUAAGUUCUUAAGUCUUGUUAAAUAGGUAACAGUUGCUCCUCUCUCCACUUGUCCCCUGGCACUUGUUGAAGAUAACGGGUAAUUUGUCCUGCAUUCUGGUUUUGGUCAUUGAGGGAACUAGGGUACUGGCUGGAAUAAUCUGGGAGUUUGGAGAGGGUGAAAAGGACCUGAGCACCAGGGGUUGGCAACAAUCUGGCUGGAAAGGAGGCCGUGCUAAGGCUGAGGCAGUAAAGGUAGAAAGGAGGGACGUGUCUGAGAAAUAUUUAGAAGUGGAAUUAGAGGUAGAGGGUGAGGGAGUCAGCCGGUGGUGCCCAGGUCUCUGGUUUAAGCAGCUUGGGAUACGGGGUCAUUAAACAGAGGGAGGAAUCUAGAUGUGGAGAGGGGAAAGGGCGAUGUAUUAUUAGGAUACAGAUUUGGUGAUUUAAACAAAGAUCAAAACAAAAUACGUACACACUAAUGGGGUUCAGGACAUGCUACCUCCAAAGGUAGCACUUUAACAUAUUGACAAUUUCAAGAGGAAAAAAAAUUGAAGAAUGUCAUGUACUAGAACGACAUCUGACCUUCUCCUGAAGCAGGUCAAAACCUUCAUGUGAGAGGUGCUCUCCCUACACUGGAGAAAGGAGUAUUCUUAACUGGGAAGAUAAAGGGACACAGAGGAAUCUGAAGGAAAGGCCUGCUAAGUUUCCCCAGUUUAUUAUCUUUAGCUCAUACUCUUCCUGUCAUAUCUUUUCACAACCUUCCACUCUUGAUCAAAACUAGCAUAAAAACACCCAGACGUACCCAUUUCUUCCUUACGAAGCCUCCCGCAUCAUGUAAAACUUAGUGUAAGUGGUUCAGAACUAACAUGGCAGUUCCAUGGUUGGCACACAGGCUCCUCUGCCUUGUUCAGAGAUCUGCACAGUCCCAGAUGGCUGACCACCAAGUCUACUGGCCCCGGUGCAAUGGAAGGAGAGUGCACCUCUUCCCUUUAAGGUCAUGACCCACAAGUUCCUAGCAUCCCUUUUGCUCACAUCUUUUUGGCUAGAUUUUAGUCACAUGGCCAUACCUUGCUGCAGGGAGAAUGGGAAAUGUCUUGUGCCCAGCUAAAACUCUGAGGCUCAGCUGCAAAAGGAAGGAAGGGAGCAUAGGCGGGGUGAGGGCAGACUCUGCUGCAAAAGUUGCGGUUUGCUUUGAGGCAUAUUGAGUUUCAGUACCCAUGGGUGAAUUUCAGGGGAGAGACUUGCAACCCAGAAGAGAGGUCUCGGGGAACGUUGGUCUUAGGAUUCGUGGUACCUGUUAGGAAGCCAUAGGGAAGAACCCAACAGACCCAUGAUUUAGGAGGGAGAAUAUUGCAUGUCAUUUACAGGGUCAAUUGGAAAGAGAGAGGCCGAAACCGGAUUAUUUAGAGCUAUUAUAAUGAUCUAGAAGAUUUUGCAGGGGAAAUAGUCACAGAACUUAGCUACUGGUUAGAAAGGAUGGAAGAGGCAGAAGGAGGAGUAAAAGAUGACUCAAGGUGACAAGUCUAAGUGCCAAAUGACAAGUUAAGAUGCCACUUAAAGAAAAAGCAGUCAUAAGAGAGACAUAUCUCUGAGAGGGUAAAUGGAUAAGAGGCUGGGAAGUAAGAAGAACUUGGUUUUAGACAUUUUAAUGUGAGGUGCCAAGAGUCAUCCAGGUGGCAAUGGGAUAGAGGGUGGUGAAGGGUCCAGGUUUGGUAUCAGGGCUCAGAGUUCAAAUCCAGGUUCCACCACUUCUAGGCAGUGUGACCUUGAUCAGGUAUAUACCACCUCUGCACCUCGGUGUCCUCAAAAAUAAAAUAGUGAUAAUAAGAGGAAUUGCAUAAAUACAUGUAAAACAUGCACACAGUAAAUGCUUGAUAUAAGUUUGAUUUUAUUAUUGCAAGGGAUAAUAGUAAGUUGUAUAGCUGGCAUCUGGAAAUAGAAGCCAGAAGCCCUGAUAAGGGAUUAGAGGUGAAGAUUUGGGGAUUCUUGCAACAAGGCAGGAGUGUGUAAGAUCCCAGAGGAGAAGCUGGACAGUGUAAGCACACACUUGGAGAACACGCAUGUGUGGAGGGUGAGGCCUCUCCUGUCCCCACGGUCCCCACGCAGCUCUGAUCUCUGCACCGCAGAUAUUGCUUUCACAGCUCUUACAAGCCUUGUCAUUUUCUAUUAGUGAGUGGAUUUUUCCAUUAAAAUUCUGCUUCCCAUUAGACUUUAUGAGGGCAGACCCCAUGCUGAAUCUCAGCUCCAAAAGCAGAGCCCAGCGCAGAAUAGUUUAAAGAAAUGGGGUGGGGAAGGAAAGUUGGCUGUGGGGGGAGCCUAAACAUAUUUGUGCUGCUCAGAAGAGCACUUGAUGGAGAAGAAGAUGCUACAAAGAGAAAGGAAGGUCAAGUUUGACCUGGCUUCCUACGGCACCCCCGCUGUACCCUUAGGCUUAUUAAAGAGCAAAACAGUUUUACCGGGAAAGAAGCCUUGAAAUGCAGUCAUCCAAGCAGAUCUAAUCACAUAAGCGAGUGGAAAAGGAGCAGCCAGUGUUCGGAAUGGCUAAUCAAAAGCCGAAAGAACAAACGUAUGUGGCUUUACUCAAGGUCUGCCACUCACCUGGAUGCACAUCCAUGAAGCCUCAGGGGGACAUCCAGCGACUCUGAGCACUUAUUUAUUUGCAAGAGACUGCCAAGUGUUUUAUGAAUAUAAUAAAUGAUUCCCAGGCAGAGAAAUAAUCUUGCCUCUCUUUCAAGAAGGAAGAAGGCACAGUCGGGCACUCCGUGUCUUCCCGCAAACAAUUCGUCACUGUCAAGAUGAAUGCAGGAGCUCGUGUCAGAGUCGACUAUGUGACUGCUACAGAGAUUGUCCAAGUACGAAGCUGUGGACAGUUAGUUGUCUCAGAAAAAAAUGCGAUGUGAUUGAUGAAUUGCAGAUCCUGGGUAGUUCUCCCAAAGACAGAUCUUUCUCUCCACCAUUCCGGUGCUCGAGGGAUCCGAGACAUCCGGGAAGAAGAUGCGGCUGGCAGACAGAAAACGGCAGCCACCGAAGCGCUGAGGGGCAUCCUUCCAGGCAUUUCUGUCCCAGCUGCAAGUUUUCCCCAUGAUGUCCUGUAACAGCACGUCCAUAGAGACUUUCGAAUACCUGCUGCCGAAUGGGAGCAAUGUGUCAGACUCGGGGGCGACCAUGCCACCCGCACCCCUCCGAGUGUGCUUGGCAGUAAUCAUGAUGCUCAUGAUCGUGGUGGGACUCCUUGGCAAUGCUGUCGUCUGCAUCAUUGUGUACCAGAGGCCCGCCAUGCGCUCCGCCAUCAACCUGUUGCUAGCCACGCUGGCCUUCUCCGACAUCAUGUUGUCCUUAUGCUGUAUGCCCUUCACUGCCGUCACCCUGAUCACUGUCCACUGGCACUUUGGGGAUUACUUUUGCCGGCUCUCCGCCACACUCUACUGGUUUUUUGUCCUGGAGGGCGUGGCCAUCCUGCUCAUCAUCAGUGUGGACCGCUUUCUCAUCAUCGUCCAACGCCAGGAUAAGCUGAACCCACGGAGGGCCAAGGUGAUCAUUGCUGUGUCCUGGGCACUGUCCUUCUGCGUCUCGGCCCCCUCGCUGGCUGGCUGGACUAUCGUGGAGGUGCCAGCACGGGCCCCCCAAUGCGUACUGGGCUACACCGAGUUCCCGGCUGGUCGUGCCUAUGUGGUGAUGCUGGUGGUGGCUGUGUUCUUCGUACCCUUCAGCGUCAUGCUGUGCUCCUACCUGUGCAUCCUGCACACUUUCCGGAAGAAUGCCACCCGUGUCCACAACCAGUCCGACAGCCUAGACCUGAGACAACUCACCAGGGCUGGCCUGCGGCGGCUCCAGCGGCAACAGCAGGUCAGCUUGGACUUGAGCUUCAAAACCAAGGCCUUCACCACCAUCCUCAUCCUUUUUGUGGGCUUCUCACUGUGCUGGUUGCCACACUCGGUCUACAGCCUUCUGUCUGUGUUCAGCCGGAGGUUCUACUGCAGCCCCUCGUUCUACACCACCAGCUCCUGCAUCCUGUGGCUCAGCUAUGUCAAGUCUGUCUUCAACCCUGUCGUUUACUGCUGGAGGAUCAAAAAAUUCCGCGAGGCCUGCAUAGAGUUGCUGCCCCAGACCUUCCAAAUCCUCCCCAGAGUGCCUGAGCGGAUCCGAAGGCGAAUCCAGCCGAGCACCGUCUACGCAUGCAACGAAAACCAGUCUGCCGUCUAGGGAGAAGUCGGCGGGGUGAAAGAGGUGCACCGGGACUGGGGCCAAGACGGAGCCCCUCUGUCCUGCUGCUCUGUUUCCUGGCACUUGAAUCGUACUGGGCAUUUUGUGGUGGUCAUUUAAGCACAAUGGUACUCAUUUGUUACCAGAUGAGCUGCGGCUCCCAAGUUUGCAAAAUGAAUUAUUUUUGUUUCUCGCUGCAGGAGAACAGAGGUGGAUUUGAUGGAACCUGGACAGUAGUUAAGAUGCUGGGAAAUGGCGGCGGGGGUGGUAGGGAGGUGAAGAAGGUGGGCAGGAAGUUAAGGAGGGCAGCAGGGAAUAGAGUUGGCCGAGUGUGGGGCAGGAGGAAGGUUCUGUCUGAAGGGCUCCCUCUGUACCUGAUGUGAGAAACCCAGAUAGGCAGCAUCUCCCUGGGAAGCAUUUACUUCAUUUGACACCCACAUUCUUCAGAGGCAUUUACGUUUGUGGUGUAUGGGGAAGUGUGCAAGGUUCUUUACGUUGAUCAGAUGUGCAUUCCUGACCAGGCCAAAUUAUCCUUUCUAGAAACCAAAAUCACACUGGGAAGCGGAGUAGCCCCUGUGCUUCUCAACUCUCAGUAUGACAUAUGGGAGGCCUCAGUGGCUCGAAGCCCAGGGACUGUUCGGGGGCAGCUCAGCUGAGAUGAGAAGCCCGCCUGAGUGCUCCUGCAUGUACCCCACCCCUCCUACCUGCACAGCCCGCCCCAUCCUUGCACCCCAAGGCCCUUCACCCUCGCUGUCUGUGCUGGCAGUCUCUGUACCCCUUCUUUUCCCCUUCGCCGCUCCCUGUGCCCCCUUUUGUUUUCAUUCCAUCCAUACCCAGUGAAGAAGAAAAGAACAUGGUCCUCUUCUUGUAAUUCAUCUUUUCCUCAAGUGUUUGUAGCGACUUGCUUUCCGUCUCCCAAGUGGUCAAUGGGCUUUGUUUACAUGUUUCCUCUCGACACCCUGAGGCUUCAGCCUCUGUGAGCUGCCACAUUCACUUCAGCACUGGAACUGCUGGCAGGGUAUGUACUGGACACCCAACUGGCUGGCAGUUCCCCAUUGAUCUCUAUGCUCCUCCUACCUCAUUCAGACGCUGUCCUCUGGGCCACCUACCCGGGAUCUUGGUCCUCUGAGCCCAGGCAGGACCGGGGCCCCGGAAGUGCAGCCACCUAGAGGAGACCUUUCUGCUUGUGCUGUACCCUUGGCCUCUGUACCCAGGGCUACCCGUUACCACUGGGGACAUGAGAUCAACUUCUCUGAGUUUAAGGCACACCACUGAGCCCACAAAGCUCUCUUUACAGCUUUAGAUCUGAAGAGAGUGGGAAAUUUAAGGAGAAAUUCAGAAAAUCCAAUUCCAAGUCUAACUCAAUCAGGAACUGGUUGUGUGAGCUUAUUUGUUGCACCUCACUUCUCUGGACCUCAGUUUCCCCAUUUGCCAAGUGAGGAAGCAGGUCUAGAUCAUCUCCAAUGUCUCUUUUAUCUCCAAACAUUCUGAUUCUAAAAUGUGUGUAUUGUUUACUCGUAUCGCCGGAUCCCCUACAUUCGUUUAUCUACCCAUGCAACAAGCCUUUAUUAAGUGCCUACUAGGUGCAAGGCACUGUGGGGGAGAUAGUGACGAAUGGGCACAGGCUGUACCCGAAAGCAGUCAGAUUCAUCGCCAUAUAAUCACAACUCAAAUUUGGCCUAAGAACACAGAUGCCCCCUUUUGUUUCUCUUCUUGUUUCCUUUCCAAUAUUGAUAUUAAGAGGCCAGCUCCUCGUUCUCACACUGGCUUCCUGUGGCACUCGCAACAGAGGCAGGAAAAAAAAAAAAAGGGAGUUAAGAAGAACAUAAUUUACAUGAUCUAAACCCAGAGGAGGAUCUGUCCAGAAAAUAAUUAACACCUUUUCUCAUUAACUCCACCCUCCUUUUAUACCCAGAUGGAGAGAGAAAGAUGAUAGCAAUUGGCCUGUAAUUGAUUGAGGUGGCACCCAUCCUGAAUGCCCCAGCAAGGGCAGAGUUUGCCUUCAGCUCCCAAGAGGCAGACUUGCACGGUCUCUGGUGUCCAAGAGCACAGCCAGACUUCCGAGAGGACCAGGCCAGUGGGUGUCUCCCCUCUGGUGGGCAUUUAAGGGUGUUCCUCCAGAGCCUUGAGUAAAAGAGAAAUCACAAAACUGAAUGAAUGAAGGUACCAAAAUUUACAUCAAUCAGUGUUAUAUGAUGUAUGUUGGACAGUAAUAUAUGUUUCAAAGUAAUAAUUUUGUAUAUAUUUUAAAUAAAGUAUUAUUGUUCUUUCGGUG